ACUCUCAAAUCUCAAAUUUUCUCUCUCUAAUCUCUAUUAUAUCGACUGCUCUCUAUUGUACUACUCCCAUAGUGUCCAGAGUGCUCAGACUCUCUAGAGAGAGAAAGAGCAUAGUGGAAAGAAAAUGGGUUCAUUCUCUACUAGUGUUCUUCUCUUGUUCUCUCUUUCUCUCUGUGUUUUUGUUUGUGUUUCCUCUCAAAAGAUUGGGUCUUCAUACAGCCUAGUGUCAAUUGAAGAACACCCAGAUGGAGGAUUGAUAGGAUAUCUUAAACUGAAGCAGAGUUCUAAAGUUUAUGGCCCUGAUAUUCCUCAUCUGAGGUUUUUUAUCAAGCAUGAGACAAACGAACGCUUAAGGGUUCACAUAACCGAUGCAGAGAAAGAAAGAUGGGAGGUCCCCUCAAACUUACUUCAAAGAGAGCAAGCUCCUCCAUUAAAACCCUCCAACAAAGCUAAACCCUCCCCAUUCACAUCCUCAGAGUACUCGGGCAAUGAGCUCAUAUUCAGUUACAUAUCGGACCCUUUUAGUUUCUCAGUCAAAAGAAAAUUAAAUGGUGAUACUCUCUUCAACACAAGUACAGAAUCCAAGGACAAAUUCAAUAGCUUGGUGUUCAAAGAUCAGUACUUGGAGAUAUCUACUCAAUUGCCGAAGACUGCUUCAUUAUAUGGACUUGGAGAAAACACUCAACCUGGAGGAAUCAAAUUAAGGCCAAAUGAUCCUUACACUCUAUAUACAACCGAUAUAUCAGCAAUUAAUCUUAAUACGGAUCUUUAUGGGUCACAUCCUGUGUACAUGGACUUGAGGAAUUCGAAUGGCGGCCCAUUUGCUCAUGGAGUUUUGUUGCUUAACAGCAAUGGGAUGGAUGUUUUCUAUAGAGGAGACUCUCUGAGUUACAAGGUUAUUGGAGGGGUUCUGGAUUUCUACUUCUUUUCGGGUUCGAAACCUUUGGAUGUUGUUGAGCAGUAUACUUCUUUGAUUGGUCGCCCUGCUCCUAUGCCUUAUUGGGCUUUAGGAUUUCACCAAUGCCGCUGGGGGUACAAGAAUGUCUCAGUCGUCGAAGCCGUCGUGGAAGGGUACGCUGCUGCCCAAAUCCCCCUCGAUGUCAUCUGGAACGAUGACGAUCACAUGGACGCCGCCAAAGAUUUCACCCUCGACCCUGUCAACUACCCUCGCCCAAAACUCCUCUCGUUUAUCGACAAGGUCCACGCCCGUGGCAUGAAAUACAUUGUCCUCAUUGACCCUGGCAUCGCCGUAAAUUCCACCUAUGGCGUCUUCAACCGAGGAAUGGCCAACGAUGUCUUCAUUAAGUAUGAAGGAGAACCCUACCUCGCCCAGGUCUGGCCUGGUCCCGUCUACUUCCCCGACUACCUAAACCCUAACGGAGUUUCAUGGUGGAUCGACGAGAUUACCCGUUUUCAUAAGCUUGUCCCUGUUGAUGGGCUGUGGAUUGACAUGAACGAGGCCUCAAACUUUUGUACGGGCAAGUGUGCAAUACCGACUACGCAUUUGUGCCCUGACCCGAACUCAACGGAACCAUGGCUGUGCUGCCUUGAUUGCACCAACAUAACAAACACGCGAUGGGACGAGCCUCCGUACAAGAUCAAUGCAUCGGGGAUGUCUGCUCCAUUAGGGUUCAAGACUAUAGCGGCGAGCGCGACGCACUAUAAUGGCGUGAUGGAGUACAACGCACAUAGCUUGUAUGGGUUAUCGCAAGCCGUAGCCACACGCAAGGCCCUUCUAGGGCUCGAAGGGAAAAGGCCGUUCAUCUUGACUCGAUCCACGUUCGUGGGAUCCGGUGCCUAUGCUGCACAUUGGACAGGCGAUAACAAGGGUACGUGGGAAGAUCUUCGGUAUUCAAUAUCGACGGUCCUCAAUUUUGGUAUUUUCGGUAUGCCAAUGGUCGGCGCAGACAUAUGUGGAUUCUACCCAGCGCCUACUGAAGAGCUAUGCAAUCGUUGGAUCGAGCUAGGCGCGUUCUAUCCAUUUUCGAGGGAUCAUGCCAAUUUCGCAUCGCCGAGGCAAGAGCUCUAUCAGUGGGAGUCUGUUGCGAAGUCUGCUCGUAACGCACUAGGUCUUCGAUACAAAUUGCUACCAUAUCUCUACACGUUGAACUAUGAGGCACAUCUCACAGGCGCACCAAUGGCUCGUCCGGUGUUCUUCUCGUUCCCGACCUUCACCGAGAGCUACGGGUUGAGCACGCAGUUCUUGCUCGGUAGGAGCGUAAUGGUGUCGCCCGUGCUCAAGCAAGGGGCGACAGAGGUGGACGCGAUGUUCCCUCCGGGUACAUGGUACAAUCUCUUCGACGUGACAAAGGCAGUGAUAUCGAAAGAUGCACGACUCGUUUCGCUUGACGCGCCGCUCAACGAGGUGAACGUGCACGUGUACCAGAACACGAUACUCCCGAUGCAACAGGGAGGGAUGAUAUCAAAGGAGGCGAGGACUACACCUUUCACGCUGGUGGUGGCGUUCCCAAUGGAGGCGAUGGAGGCGGAGGCGAGGGGGGAGUUGUAUGUCGACGAUGAUGAGAGGCCGGAGAUGAAGCUAGUCGAAGGGGAGGCGACUUACGUCGAGUUCCGGGCAAGGGUGAAGGGGGGGAAGAGUGUGGAAGUGUGGUCGGAAGUGGAGAUGGGGAAGUUCAGUAUGGAGAAGGGUUUGGUGAUCGAGAAGGUGAGGGUUUUGGGGUUGGGGGGAGUGGGAAGUGGACUGACAAUGGAAGUGGAUGGGGAGGUGAUGAAGGAGAUGAGUAGGGUUUAUGUUGGUGAGGGGGAGAGCGUGAAGGAUGAGGAGAAGUUGGAGGGAGGGAAUAAGAGGAAGGGGAUGGUGGUGGAGGUUGGAGGGCUUGAGUUGCCACUGGGGAAGAAAUUCCACAUGUCUUGGCAAAUGGGGAUCAAGCCAUGAAGGGUUUUUGGCUAUGUUGGUGUCUGUCGUCGUUGUGGUCUCUUUUGACGUAGCUCUAUGCAUCUUUUCGUGUGGUUUGUUUGUGUUUGUUCUUUUCCCUCUUUUAACUUUUUCAUUUUCGAAGAGGCAUGAUAACAUGCAAGUGCCGUGUGGAGAAUGGGAGGUGAAAUUGUGGAAGCUAAUUUAGACCAUUGAAGUUCUCAAAUCUAUUUCUGCUUUGUUCUUAUCA